AUGCCUGAGAGCAAGAGUAUGAAGGAUAUUGACACUGUCAGAGUUGUGGUCAGGUCACGGCCACUCAAUGACAAAGAGGUUGAGACAAACUGCAAGAUUGUGGUGAAGGUGGAAGAGGUCAGAGGUACUGUGACAGUAAAGAACCCUCAGAGCUCACAUGAUGAGAUUCCUAAAACCUUCACCUUUGACAUUGUGUUCGGCCCAGAUUGCAAUCAACUGGAUGUCUACAACAAAGUGGCCCGGCCUGUUGUUGACUGUGUCUUAGAGGGUUACAAUGGUACCAUUUUUGCUUAUGGCCAGACUGGGACAGGCAAGACCUUCACCAUGGAAGGGCUGAGGGCAAUUCCAGAGAAGAGAGGCAUCAUCCCAAACUCUUUUGCUCACAUUUUUGGUCACAUCGCAAAAGCUGAAGGGGAUACUAGGUUCUUAGUGCGAGUGUCCUACCUGGAGAUUUAUAACGAGGAAGUCCGAGAUCUGCUGGGCAAGGAUCAGCACCAGAGAUUAGAGGUGAAAGAAAGACCAGAUGUUGGUGUCUAUGUGAAGGACCUCUCAGCUUUUGUUGUCAAUAAUGCUGAUGAUAUGGACCGAAUUAUGACUCUCGGCAAUAAAAACAGAUCUGUCGGUGCUACAAACAUGAACCUGCACAGUUCCAGGUCUCACGCUAUAUUCACAGUUACAAUUGAGUGCAGUGAGAAGGGGCUGGACGGCAAACAACACGUCAAGGUUGGGAAGCUGCAUCUGGUGGAUCUGGCUGGGUCAGAACGUCAAUCCAAGACUGGAGCUACAGGUCAAAGGUUGAAAGAAGCUACAAAGAUCAACCUGUCGCUGUCCACCCUGGGUAACGUCAUUUCCUCCCUGGUGGACGGCAAGAGCACCCACAUUCCGUACAGAAACUCCAAGCUGACACGUCUGCUGCAGGAUUCUCUGGGUGGCAAUUCUAAAACAGUCAUGAUUGCCAACAUUGGCCCUGCAGAUUACAACUACGAUGAAUCCAUCAGCACGCUGAGAUAUGCUAACAGAGCCAAGAACAUCAAGAACAAUGCCAAGAUCAAUGAAGAUCCUAAGGACGCCCUCCUGAGGCAGUUCCAGAAGGAGAUUGAGGAACUCCGGAGGCAGCUAGAAGAUGGGGGUGUUUCUGAUGAUGAAGGCAGUGAGGAUGAUUCUGGCUCCGAGGAAGAAAUUAUCGAUGAAAAUGGAGAAAAAAGAAUCGUUAAGAAGAAGAAAGCCAGGAGACAUAUCUCCAAGGAGAAGAUGGCGGAGAUCCAGGCCAAGAUAGAGGAAGACCGGCGUCUGCUGGAGUCCAAGAAAGACAUGGCAGAAGAGGAGAGGAAUAAGGUGAAGCUGGAUAUCAAGACAAAAGAAUCUCAACUGAAGAAAUAUCAAGAUGAACAGGAGCAGCUGAAGCAGAAGCUGUGUGUCAUUGAGAAGAAGAUCAUCGUCGGAGGAGAGAAUCUUCUGGAGAAGGCUGAGGAACAGGAGCGACUGCUGGAGGAGAGCGCUAGAGAACUGGAACUCCGUAAAGAGAAGGAGGAGCAGUUGAAGAAAGCACUAGAGGAGAAAGAACAAGAACGCUUGGACAUUGAGGAGAAGUACUCCAGCCUACAAGAGGAGGUUCAAGGCAAGACCAAGAAGCUGAAGAGGGUCUGGACCAUGCUAAUGCAGGCAAAGUCAGAGAUUGCAGACAUUCAUCAAGAACACCAAAGAGAGAUGGAGGGACUGCUAGAAAAUGUACGGCAGUUGAGCAGAGACCUGAAGCUACAGAUGAUGAUUAUUGACAGCUACAUCCCUACCAUGUAUCAGGACAUGAUUGAGAACCAUGUACACUGGAACGAAGACAUCGGGGAGUGGCAGCUGAGGUGUGUGGCCUACACCGGAAACAACAUGAGGAAGCAAACACCUCAACCCGAAAAGGAAAAAGAGAAGAAUCCAGACGUAGACCUAUCCCACAUUUAUCUGGCAUACGACAGGAAAGGUGAAAUGGAGGUGCUGCGGCCUGGCACCAGCAAGGGGUCAAAGACUAACCGUCCCAAAACUGCCAGCCGACCCAAAAGUACCAAGAAAAAGCGCAAAGAUCAAAGCAUUGACUCCCUGUUGAUGUGA